AUGAAUAACGUCCGAACGCCUUCGCUAGAAAUAGUAAAUCCGAGACGCUUCAAAUCCUCGGCAGUGAAGAUAGUCCAAGAUUGCAAGUCACGCGAGAGAACAGCGUUUGCGCUGUCUUCGUCGUUGAGUGUCCUGAAGUUUAAUAUUCACAAGGACAGCGCAAAAGGUGCGGAAGGGAUAUGGAACGUCAAGUGCACUGGAACCGCUUUGGAGGCGUUUGAACAGGUAUGUUCAUUGCGUAUGACCCCAGGAAGCAUAGGAGUCACAGAUUUCGUGGUUUACGACUUCGAUGCGAAGAAGCUUGUCUGGCGUUCUUAUGAAACAAUCGAGAGCCUUCGAUCAAAGAUUUCAAAGGUAUUUGAAGUGCUCGGCAAAAUCCGUCCGUCUCCUCUGGGCUGGGCUCUCUACGAUGUGGACUUCGAAGAUUAUAAAGGCUCGUGCAGCAAGGACUUUUCUCGCAGCCAAUUAGACACCAGUCGUAUUCGCUGGCUUAAAGAUUUCCUUCUUAAUUCAUCGAGUGCGCCACACGCCACGAAGAAGCGUCGAUGAAGUAAACUUCUACCGAGAAGCUUUUGCUGUUGUGACAAUAUCUGUUCAUUGGACGACGCACAAAUAUUAUCAUAAUAAAUAUACUUGAAAGAA